CCCUAGUGUUACUACUAAACUAUACACGAGAACUAAAACCUCCCAGCACGUUAGUCCGGCUCCCACACCGUGCAUACACCGCUAACGGCCAUGAGCGGGCGGGUGGGCCAGGCUUAUAUAUUCGCCGCCCACUCGUCCCGCCUUCCUUCCUCGCAGUCCAUCAUGGCGAUGCAUAACAAGGCCACAGCGCCUCAGAUCCCAGAUACGCGCCGGGAACUAGCUGAGCUUGUGAAGCGAAAACAGGAGCUAGCGGAAACUCUGGCAAAUCUAGAACGACAGAUCUAUGCUUUCGAAGGAAGUUAUCUGGAAGAUACACAGAUGUAUGGAAAUAUCAUCAGAGGUUGGGACCGUUACUUAACAAACCAAAAGAACUCUAACAGUAAAAAUGACAGAAGGAAUCGAAAAUUUAAAGAAGCAGAAAGACUAUUUAGCAAAUCUUCAGUCACCUCUGCAGCAGCAGUAAGUGCGUUGGCUGGAGUACAAGAUCAAAUGAUUGAUAAACGAGAACCAGGCAGUGGAACAGAGAGUGACAAUUCCCCAGACUUUCAGAAUCAAGAAAAUGAACCCAGCCAAGAUGAUGCAGAAGAUUUAGAUGGCUCCCUGUCUGGUGUCAAGCCUCAAAAAGCAGCUUCAUCUACUAACUCUGGCGGACAUCACAGCAGUCAUAAGAAACGCAAGAAUAAAAAUAGGCACAGUCCAUCUGGCAUGUAUGAUUAUGACUUCGAUCUCAAUAUCUCCCGAUCAAGCACAGAGUGACGCCUGCUCUUCCUUGCUCAUGUGACUGACCUCAAGCUGAAUAAGAAGCCAAGAUCAGAUUAUUAAUGUGGCUCCAUCUUCAAAGUCAAGAAAAACUUCAACAGAAAGAUGACUUUAUUUAAUCUAGAAUAGCCAUUAAGCAUUUGACUCUGUCUCAAAAAAUAAAAUGCGUAUGGUUUUAAACAGCUGUAAGAAAGAUCUUCAGAAACCUGAUGUCAUUCAAAAGGUUAUUGGUUGUAUGAGGACUUAAGAACUGAUAUCUGCAAGUAGAUAAAGUCCCACUCCUUUUAUCACUAAUAGGCUUAAAGGAAUUUUCCAGGACUUUUACAUUGAUUGUUUAGCCAUAGUGCAUCCAAGACAUUGGGCAGCACCAGCAAAAAUAAGAUCCAUAAACCACAUGUAAAACUCCUGUGAUUGCAGCGUCAGGUGAGGGCUAGGUUACCCCUCACAGGUCCAUGAUAUUAAAAUAAAAAGCAGGUCACAGCACAUCCUUCAUGAUAA